AGAAGCCUGACCCCUUCAUCAUCUUCAUCCCAUCACCUCUAAAUCCCCCCAAGAAAAAAGUUUGCUAUGUCAAGGAACUUUACUAAUGCAUUCUUCUUCUUCUUCUUCUUCCUCCUCACGUCCCUUAUAAUCUCUCAGGAAGCUCAGGCUGAUCAUCUGUACUCGCCAGCUCCGGCGCCGGAAGCGCAUGAGCCAGGCAAAGCUCCGGCCCCCCAAGCCCCUCAUCAGCCUAUCAAUACUCUUCCAUUGCAUGGAACGACCCCUGGAAGCCUCCGUCCUCAGGAAUGUGAAGGGAAGUGCGGCGGCCGGUGCUCGGCAACGGCGUACAAGAAGCCGUGCAUGUUCUUCUGCCAGAAGUGCUGCGCCACCUGCCUUUGUGUGCCGCCGGGGACUUACGGCAACAAGCAGCUCUGCCCUUGUUAUAAUAAUUGGAAGACGAAGAGAGGAGGGCCAAAGUGCCCUUAAGUGUAAUAUUUCUUCAGUAGAUUCGUAUCCUUAAAGAAUUCUAAGCAUGGAGUGUGGAGGAGAGUGUUGAUCCAGAUAUAAAAUUUAAAGGCAAUAUAUGUUUAAUAUUUAAAUGAAUAAGAGAAAAAAAAAUGUAAAUUUGGCAUGUAUAAAUAAAAUGUUCUUUGUAUUCUGUUUUUUAUG